GUUCCUGAAUCCUUGGAGAUUGGCAUUUCCCCCCCUCAAGGCAAAGACAACAAAAGCAGUUGUAUUGAGAAUCAAACUCAGGUCUUCAGCCUCCAGGGAUGUGUGCCAAAAUGUUUCCUCUGCACCUUCUACUGUUAAUGGUUCUGGUGGGAAAGACGUCCAUCGGGUUCUCCCUGACGUCUCUGUUGGAAGACCUGGACCCGGAUUGGACUCCCGACAACUAUGAUUACAGCUACGAGCACUACAACCAGGGAGAGAACACCGGUGCUACACCUGCCUACCCUGAGAAUCCUGACUGGUACUAUGCAGAGGAUGAUCCAUGCCAAUCCAACCCCUGUGACCACGGAGGGACCUGUGUUGUCAGCCAGGACACCUUCAAGUGCAAGUGCCCAGCCCCUUUCUCUGGGAACCGGUGUCAAAAGGUGCAAAACAAGUGCGUGAACAAUCCCUGUGGCCGGGGCGAGUGUCUCAUUACCCAGAGUCCUCCCUACUUCCGCUGUACCUGUAAAUACCCUCACACCGGUCCAGACUGCUCCAGAGUGGUUCCUGCGUGCAGGCCAAACCCCUGCCAGAAUGGCGGCACCUGCUUCCGGCACAAGCGGAGGUCCAGGUUCCGCUGUGCCUGCGCUGACCAGUACAGGGGCAGAUUCUGCGAAAUCGGCCCUGAUGACUGUUACACUGGCGAUGGGUACUCAUACAGAGGACAAGUGAGCAGGACGGUCAACCAGCACCCAUGCCUUUACUGGAACUCGCACCUGCUCUUGCAGGAGAAUUACAACAUGUUUAUGGAGGAUGCUGAGGCCCACGGGAUUGGAGAGCACAACUUCUGCAGAAACCCAGAUGGAGACAAAAAGCCCUGGUGCUUUGUGAAAGUGAACAGUGAGAAGGUGAAGUGGGAGUACUGUGCUGUCUCGGCCUGCUCCACCCCAGACACGGACAACCUGGAGGGAAGCCCUGCGGAGCCCCUGGUCAAGAUCCCAGGGUUUGACACGUGCGGGAAGACCGAGGUGGCAGAGCGGAAGCUCAAGAGAAUCUACGGAGGCUUCAAGAGCACGGCGGGCAAGCACCCGUGGCAGGCGUCCCUGCAGACCUCCAUGCCCCUGACCGUGUCCAUGCCCCAAGGCCACUUCUGCGGGGGGACGCUCAUCCACCCCUGCUGGGUGCUCACCGCCGCCCACUGCACUGACAUAAAAAUCAAACAUCUCAAAGUGGUGCUAGGAGACCAGGACUUGAAGAAGACUGAGUUCCACGAGCAGACCUUUGGGGUGGAGAAGAUAGUGAAGUACAGCCACUAUAAUGAAAGAGAUGAGAUUCCCCACAAUGACAUCGCUUUGCUCAAGUUAAAGCCCGUGGACGGUCACUGUGCUCUCGAAUCCAAGUACGUGAAGACCGUGUGCCUGCCCGAUGGGCCGUUUCCCUCUGGGACCGAGUGCCACAUCUCAGGCUGGGGUGUUACGGAAACAGGGGAAGGGUCCCGCCAGCUCCUGGAUGCCAAAGUCAAGCUGAUUGCAAACACUUUGUGCAACUCGCGUCGACUCUACGACCACAUGAUUGAUGACAGCAUGAUUUGUGCAGGAAACCUUCAGAAACCUGGACAAGACACCUGCCAGGGUGACUCUGGAGGUCCUCUGACCUGUGAGAAGAAUGGCACCUACUACAUCUCCGGCAUAGUGAGCUGGGGCCUGGAAUGUGGGAAGAAACCAGGGGUCUACACCCAAGUCACCAGGUUCCUGAGUUGGAUCAAAGCCACCAUCCAAAGGGAGGCUGCCGUCUAAGCUGCCGUCCUCUGAAGCACCUCAGACAACACGGGCUCCUGGGCAGCCACAGGCACCCCGUGGCCUCCACGCAGCGAGUGUUCAUGUUCUAUGCAGAGACAACCACUGCCCAGCCUGGGCCUUCCUGGCCCAGCCUUUGCACCAUUUCAUCUGGCUCUUUCUGAUCUCUCAAAGCAUGAUGGAACCCACACGAGAUAGCUUAGGUUUGCUUCACUUUCAACAGUUGUUCUUCCUAGAAAAUCAGCGUUCAGAGGCUGUCUCCACCUGACACCUGCCAGCAAGGGACUGCAGACUGCCCAGCCUUGGGGGGAGUCGCCCUGGCCUCUUUAUUCCUCAUCCUGGACCGACCAGCCAGGUACUAGAGAGAGGAGCAAUAAUACGACGUAGCCCCGUUGCUUUCACAGUUGUUUUAAUAAACCCAGGACCAGGGAAAGCAGGUGCUCCAUUGUUCCAGCUCGUCCACUUGGGGCCAUCUAAAGUCUGGAUCUUCAGAUGCAAGUUCGCUCUUCCGGCUUCUCUCUUAAGAACUGGCGUGGACACCACUCGCUCACAACAGCAGAGCCUUCUUCCUUUUGACGUGCAGGAUCUCAGUGGCAUCUGGGUUCACCUGCCCCCUGGGAUCAUCUCCAGACUCCAUGGCCUCUGGCCCUCCCUGCAGAAAUCAAACACACAGCCCGGAGUUACCACGCAGCUCCCGUCCUGUUUCCACAGGAGAUGGUAAGAUAGCCCAGGAGCAUGGGACUCAUUCGUCUCCACACCCUCUCCCCUCCUCCAUCCUUCCCAGGAAAAAGGAUCCUCAAGGCAAGAAUGAAAAAGAAGCAAAGUCAAUCUCAUUUAGAUGCGGUGUCUUUUUGGGAAAAAUAAAAGCAUUUGAAAUGCA